UCAAUUCUGUAAGUUGCAUUGUAAUAAUACCAAUAAAGUAAUAAUUUUAUAUUUAAAUUAUUUGCAUUGGGUAUAAUUUACAAGUUGUAAUUUUAUUUAAUAAUCACUUAAUAGCACCUCUACAUUAUACAAAUUUAAUAAUACAUACAAAAAUGUCAAAAAUCGUUUCAGUUGGUUCAUGUAGCACUGAUUUGUUUUUUUAUACAUCAAAAUUGCCUAGCCCUGGACAGACCAUACACGGAACACAAUUUUCUAUAGAUUUUGGUGGUAAAGGAGCAAAUCAAUGUAUCGCUGCUCAGAAACUUGGAGCUAAUACUGUAUUUGUUGGCUGUGUUGGGUCUGAUGUUUUUGGUAAAGAUAUAUUAAAUAAUUUUAAACAAUGUGGUGUUAACACUCAAUAUAUUAUAACAAAAAAAUCUAUUGAAACAGGAGUAGCUCAAAUUAAUGUAACUGAUAAUGGAGAAAACUAUAUAAUCAUUGUGGUUGGAGCUAAUGGUACAUUAGGAAAAGAAGAUGUGGAUAAAGCAUUUAAUUUAUUAGUGAAUGAAUCUAGUGCUGUUCUUUUUCAGUUUGAAACCCCAAUAGAAACAACUGAGUAUUUGCUAAAAAAACUUUCAGUGGCAAACAGUAAAUGUCUUAAAAUUGUAAAUGGUGCCCCAGCUAUCUCAAGUUCUCAUGAAAAUAUACUUCUAUUGGCUGAUAUAUUUUGUGUUAAUGAAUCUGAAGCAGAAGUUUAUACUAAUAAUGUAAUAAAAAUUAAUAGUAUUGAAACAGCAAAUCAGGUUUUAUCAUUAAUUUUAAAACAAGGGUGUAAACUUGUAAUUAUUACGUUAGGACCUCUAGGUGCUAUAUUUGCAUCUAAAGAUGAACCAGAGUCUCAAUGGGUUAAAGUACCAAAAAUUGAGAAUCCUGUUGAUACCACAGGUGCUGGUGAUGCCUUUUUAGGAGCAUUGGCUUAUUUUAUUGUUCAUAAGCCAAAUUUGACUUUAUAUGAACAAAUUAGAAGAUCAUGUGUUGUAGCUACAAAGACGGUACAGUCCAAAGGAACUCAAAAAAGUUUUCCUUUAAGAAAUGAUUUACCUGAAGAAAUUUUUAAUUAAAAUAUACUAUAUGUAUACAGUAUGUACAGUACAUGAAAUUGAUAAUCAUUAUUUAUUAAAUUAUCUGUUAAUUAAAAUGUAACUAGUAUACCCAUUGCGAAAAUUUAAAAUAUAUCAAUACAUAAACACAUUUUAACAAAUCAAUAAAUUUGUAUUAUAUCGAAAAUUGAAAGACGUAUCGAAAUGACAGAGAGUGUUUAUUAAAAUAUAUGUUCCGCAGCAUUAGGAUAGACUAUGUAUGAGAGGAUGCGAUUAUUACAUAAAAUCAUUUUACAGUUCUUCCUUCCAAACAAUAUUAGCUAAUAUAAGGAAUAAUAUUAGUAUUGUUUGUGAGUUGUUUGUUGUUAUAUCAUUGGGUAAAAGCCAAUGAGAAUGCAGUAUUUGGAAAAAAUUGAAAGUUGAAUGUGUAAACAUAACUUUCCUCAAACUCAACGAAUUUAAGCAGUUUAUUAGCUUUAAAGAAAGAACUUGAUCCAUUGAGUGAUCUUAGACUUGUGUCAACAGCCUACAUUGAUUAGAAUUCUAGUUAUAGAGAUUUGAAUGAAGAAAAAUAUUGAAAAAAUUAAAUGUAAAGAUUGGUCUUGCAUAAAUUUUCUCAAACUCAACAAAUUUAAGCAAUUAAUAGUUUAAAAGAAAGAGCUUAAUCCACUGAGUGUUCUGAGAGUGAAUUAUCAAGAUCCAUUUAUUAGAAGAGGAGCUAUGAGAAUUUGAAUGUUGCUUAAGUGAAUAUGUUCCAUAAGAAAUGUAAAGUGGGAGUUGAGUAAAUUUCAAUGAUUACUGACAUAUCUAUAUCUAAAUAACUCUCAUUUAAAAAAAAAAAAAAUAAGAAAAACAGCCGGAUAGAACAGCCAGACUGA